AUGUGGAUGUUUUCUUGGCUUUGUGCCUUUUUAAUUAUUUUGGCUCUUGCUGGUAUGGACACAAAAGCAAAGACCACACCAUAUACCAAAUUUAUGAAGAAAUCUGAUGGAAAAGAGACGCUGAAGGGUCUAAAGCCGUCCAGUGGCCCACCUGCAGAAGAAGAAACUCCCUUCACGAAAGCAGUUGAAGUGGCAGAACCGACCACUGACCCCUCAGCCCUGGAUUCUGCCUUUGGCACAGCCACCCUCUUUCCCUUUGAAAACUUCACUCUUGACACUGACGAUUUCUUUUUAAAUUGCUGUGAUUGUUGUUCACCUGUCGCAGGGCAGAAAGGAGAACCUGGAGAGACUGGAAAGCCAGGUCCUAAAGGAGAGGCUGGUGUUAUGGGGAUCCCAGGGCCACCAGGAGUUGUUGGGCCUCAAGGUCCAAAAGGCCAGAAAGGAGAGAAGGGACUAAAGGGAGAACGUGGUGACCAAGGAACAAGUGGAGUUCCAGGAUAUCCAGGAAAACCUGGAGAACAAGGUGGACUGGGUCCUAAGGGGGAUAAAGGAAACACUGGCCUGGCAGGCGUGAAAGGACAAAAGGGCUCAAAGGGGGACAUGUGUGGGAAUGGUACCAAAGGAGACAAAGGAGACCGAGGGGCCGUGGGCUCACCAGGCUUGGACGGAGGGCCUGGGGCCAAGGGAGAGAAGGGGGAGAUGGGGGACCAGGGCUACCGUGGAGAUUCUGGGGACAGGGGAGGAAAAGGACAAAAAGGCGAGGAGGGGAUGAAAGGAGAGAAAGGUAGCAAAGGGGACCUGGGAGCAGAAGGCAAAGGCGGCCGGGAUGGUCUGCCCGGAGCCAAAGGUGAUCCUGGGGUUAAAGGAGAAAAGGGAGAGUUAGGUCCUCCUGGUCUCGUGGGGCCCGCGGGGCCUAAGGGCGAGCUCGGGAGCAAAGGGGUCCGAGGACCUAUUGGGAAGAAGGGAUCUCGGGGCUUCAAGGGCGCGAAGGGCGAGGUGGCCAGAGUCCCGCAGGCGGCUUUCAGCGCUGCUUUAUCAAAGCCUUUCCCUCCUCCCAACGCCCCUAUCAAAUUCGACAAGGUUUUCUAUAAUGACCAAGGGAAUUACAGCCCCGUCACUGGGAAAUUUAACUGCAGUCUUCCUGGGACAUAUGUGUUUUCCUACCAUGUCACCGUGAGGGGCCGACCUGCUCGGAUCAGCCUGGUCGCCUGGAAUAAGAAGCAGUUCAAGUCCAGAGAAACUGUGUACGGGCAGGAGAUAGACCAGGCCUCUCUCCUCAUCAUCCUGAAGUUAAGUGCAGGCGAUCAAGUCUGGCUCGAGGUGUCCAAAGAUUGGAAUGGGGUGUACGUCAGCCCCGAGGAUGACAGCAUUUUUACUGGGUUCCUUUUGUACCCAGAGGAAACCCCUGAAAUUUCACCAUAA